AGUCAGCAGCUACUAGUUUUACAAUCUGAAGAAAACAUUUUUUAAAAUGUACAAGUGAAAUAAGAGAAAGGACUCAGGGGCCAAGCUGGUUGCCCACAGGUGCCCCCACCCUGUCUCAGGAAGUGGACACCCAGUCCUGAGCCCAUCCCAAGGGGUCAGAGAUGGCGUUGACCCCCGAGUCCCCGAACAGCUUCCCUGGGCUGGCUGACACCGGCAGCUCUGUGCCUGAGCCGCCUGGUGGCUCCAAUGCAACCCUCAACAGCUCCUGGGCCAGCCCGACGGAGCCCAGCUCCCUGGAGGACCUGGUGGCCACGGGCACCAUUGGGGCGCUAUUGUCGGCCAUAGGUGUGGUGGGCGUGGUGGGCAAUGCCUACACGCUGGUGGUCACCUGCCGCUCCCUGCGCGCUGUGGCCUCCAUGUACGUCUACGUGGUCAACCUGGCGCUAGCCGACCUGCUCUAUCUGCUCAGCAUCCCCUUCAUCGUGGCCACCUACGUCACCAAGGAGUGGCACUUCGGGGACGUGGGCUGCCGUGUGCUCUUCAGCCUGGAUUUCCUGACCAUGCACGCCAGCAUCUUCACGCUGACCGUCAUGAGCAGCGAGCGCUACGCCGCGGUGCUGCGGCCGCUGGACACCGUGCAGCGCUCCAAGGGCUACCGCAAGCUGCUGGCGCUGGGCACCUGGCUGCUGGCGCUGCUGCUGACGCUGCCCGUGACGCUGGCCAUGCGGCUGGUGCGCCGGGGCCCCAAGAGCCUGUGCCUGCCGGCCUGGGGCCCGCGCGCGCACCGCGCCUACCUGACGCUGCUCUUCGCCACCAGCAUCGCGGGGCCGGGGCUGCUCAUCGGGCUGCUCUACGCGCGCCUGGCCCGCGCCUACCGACGCUCGCAGCGCGCCUCCUUCAAGCGGGCCCGGCGGCCGGGGGCGCGCGCGCUGCGCCUGGUGCUGGGCAUCGUGCUGCUCUUCUGGGCCUGCUUCCUGCCCUUCUGGCUGUGGCAGCUGCUCGCCCAGUACCGCGAGGCCCCGCUGGCGCCGCGGACGGCGCGCAUCGUCAACUACCUGACCACGUGCCUCACCUACGGCAACAGCUGCGCCAACCCCUUCCUCUACACGCUGCUCACCAGGAACUACCGCGACCACCUGCGCGGCCGCCCGCGGGGCCCGGGGAGCGGGGGAGGCCGGGGGCCGGUUCCCUUCCCGCAGCCCCGAGCCCGCCUCCGGCGCGGUUCGGGCCGUUCCCUGUCCUCCUGCAGCCCACAGCCCACCGAGAGCCUCGUGCUGGGCCCGGCGGCCCCGGCCAGGUCUGCGCCCGAGGGUCCCAGGGCUUCCGCGUGAGCAGCGGGCGGGGCGGCUGGAGUCCAGGCGGGUACGCGCCCCAAAGUCGCGGGCACUCCCAAGAGUCCCCCGCUCCCAACUCAGGCCCUGCCCCACUUCCUCAGUCCCCUUCCAGAAAUAUCCCGCUGGCUCCUCCUCAGCACCCUCCCCUUGAUGCCCCGAAGCACCCACCCGCCUCCCUGGGGAUCUCCUGGAGGCUCCACCCAGUCCCGGCUUCUGGAGUUCACAGAGGGCAGCAGGCGCCAGUGCCCAGCCGUGUGGAGACCGUGGCACGGCUGCUGCGGGCCAGGACUCUCCUCUCAGCCCGUGGCCCCGCAGCUCCCGUCCCUGCCUGUGUGGCCCCAUCCCUUGCCGCUUCGGCACGGGAACGAUAAACCCUGAGCUGGCAUCCAUGCCCUGCCUCAGCGCCGGGAUGCCGCGUCUGAGGAGUGGGAGAAUCCGCCGGCAGGAUCCCCAGGACGACCUGCAGCUCAUGGAGGAGCCUGAGGGUCUGGCUGGGGUGCAGGUGCACCUGCCUUUGAGGCGGGUGCAGGCGGCUGGUCUGGCACCUGCUGUGAAGAGGGGAAGGUGGCCAGGAGGGGAGGCCCCGGCAGCGUGGGCUGAGGGGUGCAGCAGGAAGGCACUGCCCAGCAAAGGCCUGAGGCUGCAGGUGCAAAAAGCAAGUGUCCAGCCAAGGCCGCUGGCCGGACCUGCGGGCCCCCAGCCUCCCACCCACAUCGGGCUCAGGUCUCAUCAGGAAUGAAUCCAGACCCCCCCUCACAGCACGCUUGCCAGUCUCCGCCCCACUCUUCCCCCCACUGCCUCCUGGGCAGACUCCUGCCCCUGCUCCCAGCUUGGCCGACCAUCCUCUCUCUGGCAACCGCUCCCCUCCAGCCCCCAGCCGAGCCCCAGACCCUGCACAGCCUCCCCCAGCCUGGCCUCCCCUCCUCACCCCAUGGCCAUGCCCAGGCUCCCAGCCCCUUGGGGCUCCUUCUGAACACUAGGGUGGGGUCAUGCCCGCC